CUAUUCAAACAACAACGUGACAUCAGCCGAACGAGUUCUUUUAUUUAUUUGACCAUACCAACAAGACUUACCAAACUAAUUGUCCUAGGCAGAGCGAAUUCGACUGCUCUUUGCACUCAACUACUUCUUGAGGCUAAUGAUGUACACAAAGCUAACUACAAUGUUCGCACUUAUUCUUGUGACAAUGGCUUUGUUCAACAUAGCCAGCAGUCAUACCAAAUCCAAUUAUGUUGUUAUAGUGGAUGCUGGCGGCUCAAGCUCAAAGCUCAGGGUGUAUACUUGUGUCAAAAACAAACACUCCCACGUUUCAGACGUUGAGCUGAACUUUACGAAAACCUUUCCUCCAGGGAUCAGCAGUUUCCAUAACAAUGAAACAGCCUUAAAGAUUUAUCUCAAGAACAUAAUAGAAGAGGCUAAAAAAAUAGUGCCAGAGGAACAAAUGAAAUCAACAUCUUUGUACUUGAUGGGAACAGCUGGCAUGAGACUUGUGCCAGACAAAGACAAACUGAUAGAGAAUAUCAACAGAGUUCUGGAAGACUCAAUCAAUCCAUUUCAUUACAAUAGUUCCAACGUGAAGAUUCUACCUGGACGAGAUGAAGGUGUAUACGCAUGGGUCGCUCUCAAUUACUUACUUGGAAACUUUCACUCUAACAAGUCACAUUCAAGUUUUGCUGGUAUUUUGGAAAUGGGUAGCAGAUCAACGCAGAUCGCCUUUACGCCAGAAGAGACUAUGUCAAAGAAAGGGUUUGAUGUGUACUUUGCAAGUAGAAAAUUCGAGGUAUAUUCACAAAGUUAUUUACAGUAUGGAACUGAAGGCCUGCCUAUCCGAAUCGUUCAAGAUCGGUGCAAAAACUGUAAGGACCAACUAAUAAAGGACUCCUGUGCAAUGACUGAUGAUAUUAUCAAUGUGACUUUGGACUCAGGUAAUCAUAAUACUUUAAAGGGUCACUUCAAUUUCUCUUCAUGCGAGAGUCUUCUGACAUCGUUGGCACCUAAAAAGGACCAUUGCGACCCACAUUUCUGUGCAGUAGUAAACGCAAUUCAGCCGAGCAUUCCAAAAAUCAAGUUCUACGCAACUCAAACGUUUGAUAUCGCACCGAAAGUAUUUCACGCCUUUAUGUCAGACAAUGAAACACUGGACAUGAAUUUAUUGAAAAAGAACACGAAACGAAAUUGCGAAAAGAAUAUCGCUGAGAUAGAUGCAAAACACAAAAAGUUUGCCUCCAGUAACUGUCUUCUUGGAAUGUUUAUGCCCGUCUUAUUAAACAAAACGUAUGGAUUCCCCAUGGAUACCAAUCAAAUUAUUGUCACAUCCAAAAUACACGGGAAAUCAAUAGAUUGGUCAUUAGGAGCUGCUUUGAUGGAGUUAGGAGCUCAAGAAAAAGGAAGACAUUCCUACAGAGUUGACAAGCGACGCUAAGACAUAUGUAACUUUGUCUAUGCUGUCAAUUAUCCAAUAAAACAAAUGUGUAUUUUUAAUUGGACAAUAAAACUGCACUAUAGCACUAA